GGUUGGAGGCAUGUCCUCCAUUUCGCAAGCCCUCACCGAUGUCUCGCAAGCCCAGUGUCUCGGCAUCGACGCCUUCGCUCUCAACGUCCAGCACCCGGACGCCGAGUGGACUCGGGCCUCGCUAGCCCUCCUCUUCGAUGCGGCGGCCCAGAUAGGGUUCAAGCUCUUCUUCUCCAUGGACAUGGGCGUGAUUCCGUCUCCCAUGGCCUGCCUCCCCCUCCUGAAAGCCUAUGCCUCCCACCCGGCAUACUACCACUACCACAACCGCCCCUUUCUCAGCACCUUCCGCGGCGGGCGCCACCGGGGCUGGCAAGCCGCCCUGCAGGCCCUCAUACCACCGCCCUACUUCAUCCCCAACUUCGAAGACCACCCCACCGUCCAGGUCGCCGGCGGCGCCUACCCGCCCUCCAUCUUCACCACCCACCCAUACCUCGACGGCCUGAUGGCGUGGGAAACAGCCUGGCCCUUUGCGGGUUCCUCCAACCUCUCCUCCGCGCUCUCCACCUCCCUGCACAUCGACCCCUCCACAAUCUCAGCGGACGCGACCAAUUUGCGCGUAUGCCGCGCCCACAAGAGGAGCUACAUGCUCCCCGUGUCCUCGCACCAAUCCAAACACUGCGCCGCGCACGGCAACUGGCUCCGUCCGGGCGGCCUCACCCUGCCGCGGCACAUGCUCCUCGCGCUGCGGCUGCGGCCCGAUUUUGUGCAGCUGCUGACGUGGAACGAUGCCGGGGAGGGGCAUUACUUUGGGAAUGUGUGGCCUGAGUCACUGCCGGAUGCCGACAUGCGGGCGGUCGUGGAUGGGUGGGAUCAUAGGGGGUGGCAGAUUUUGAUAGGGCCGUUUGUUGACGCGCUGAAGAGGGGGACGAACGAGGGGGAAGGGGGUGGUGGUGCUGAGAGGGUGUAUCCUCUUGAUGGGAAGGAGUUUGCGGGGGUGUUUUGGUAUAGGCCGCUUUUGAAGGCGACAAAGGGGGGAGUUGAUCGGUUGGGGCUUGGGAAGCCUAAAGGGUGGGAGGAUGUGGAGGAUAAGGUGAAUGUGGUUGUGCUGCUGGGGAGGGAAAGUCGGGGGUGGAGAGUUAGAGUUUGGAGUUCUGGGAGGGUGGUGGGGGAGUUUGAGGGGCAGCCGGGGAUGAAUAUGUAUCAGGCCGAGGCGGGGAAAGGGGAACAGAUGGUUCAGGUUGUGGCGGACGAUGGGAGGGUGGUUGGGGAGGGCAAGGGCGCGGUUGGUGUGACUGACCGGAUUGAGCAGUUGGGCGGUAUUUGCAACUUCAACUACCAGGUAGUGGAGAUCGCCUGAAUCGGCUUAAAGGAACGCUAGAACUGGGGGAUCCAAAUCCCGGAACCUAGGGUAUUCUCGCUUUCUGACGCUUGUAAAACCCAAUAUUUCCACAAUAUGAGAGCAAGCACCACGUCAUUUCAUGAUGUUGGCGAACUCGUGG